GGGCUUAGAGUUAUCAGAGAGCAGGUGUUCUGCCUUAUCUCCGCGGCCAUGACCAUGGGCUGGUAGCAGUUAGGACCUGAGAGGAGUAGGCAGGAUUGAAACUAGAUUAUCUUGCUUGAGAAGUAUCUUACAAUGUCAUCUAGACAUGGAUUCAAAUGCCAGUUUUCUUUUAGCUGUAAGACCCUUGAACCUUAGGCAAACCAAACCCCUCUUACCCUAUCCAAGCCUUGGCUUGUUCAUCUGUAAAAUUGGACCAGCAGCACCUGCCAAGCCACCGUCAAGAGAAUUAUAGUAGACCUCACAAGCGAGACACAGCUUUCCCUGGGACAGUACUGUUUUAGUGUACAGUGUGACUGGUCACAUAUGCUGGACCAGCCUUUGGACUGUGGUAUGGCGGUACUUGUGUAAAACGACAGAGCAGGAGAUGGAAAGCCUUUGGUUUUCUGACCAGACUUGCAAGCUGGCACUCUGGUGAUCCUGAACAGGGUAGGUUGGCUCAACCAGGUGAGGACCAAGAGCCCUGGACUGAGAGAGCUACGUCUAGCAGUCUUUCUCAUCUUUAGUAUAAAGACGUGCUUUGAUGCUGGGCUUUGGUAGGAGGAGGCUGUUCUCAGCUCUGCUGCAGGUUCAGAAGAGGCCCUGUCAACACUCCAGAAACAUGAGACUGGUACAGUUCCAGGCACCUCACCUGGAAGUGCCUCACCUGGGCCUGGAGUCAGGGGUUGGUGGGGGAGUUGUAGACUUAAAUGCUUUUGACUCGACACUCCCCAAGACAAUGGUGCAGUUUCUGGAGCAAGGAGAGACCACCCUUUCAGUGGCAAGAAGAGCCCUGGCUACCCAGCUGCCUGUCAUCCCUCGGUCACAGGUGACCUUCUUGGCCCCUGUCACCCGGCCAGACAAGGUGAUAUGUGUGGGCUUGAAUUAUGCAGACCACUGCCAAGAACAGAAUGUGCGGGUGCCCAAGUACCCCAUCAUCUUCAGCAAGUUCUCCAGCGCUAUUGUGGGGCCCUAUGAUGCGAUCGUCCUCCCACCAGAGAGCAAGGAAGUUGACUGGGAGGUGGAGAUGGCCGUGGUCAUUGGGAAGAAAGGCAAACACAUCAAGGCCACAGAUGUCAUGGCUCACGUGGCUGGCUUCACUGUGGCUCAUGAUGUGAGUGCUCGGGACUGGCAAAUGAGAAAUGGAAAGCAGUGGUUACUGGGAAAAACUUUUGAUACUUUCUGCCCCCUGGGCCCUGCCUUGGUUACCAAGGAUACCAUAGCAGAUCCACACAAUUUAAAGAUCUGCUGUCGAGUGAAUGGAGAGGUAGUCCAGAGCAGCAACACCAACCAGAUGGUGUUCAAGACUGAAGAUCUGAUAGCCUGGGUCUCCCAGUUUGUCACUCUUUACCCAGGGGACCUCCUCCUGACUGGGACGCCUCCAGGUGUUGGCAUGUUUAGGAAGCCUCCUGUCUUCCUCAAGAAGGGUGAUGAAGUCCAGUGUGAGAUUGAAGAACUUGGUGUCAUCAUCAACAAGGUGGUGUGAUGGUGUCCCUGUUAGCACUGGACUUGACACAAGGCGGGACUUCUGCUCCCACCCAGCUAACUGCUGGCCCUGUCUACUUGAGGCUGCUCUUAGGUAGGCCUUGGAAAUAAAUUUUCUCUCAGAGUUGCA